UUGAACGACAUACGUAGACUUUAUUUUGAUAGGGUUGAGGUCUAUCUGUACUGUGUUUAUAAUGACCGUGUUCUCCUCAGUGUGGUUCUCCAGAACUACAGCGUUCCGGUCGGUUCUUCUUCUCUGCUGCUCGCUGGUUUGAUUCCCGGCGCCCUCUACAGGCUGCAGGCCGCCACCGUCAGCGGAGACCUUCAGUCAGAGAUCACCGGACUGGAGGGACGAACGGCCCCGGCCUCUGUCUCCGAGGUGACGGUGUCUAACGGCGGUCGGUCUGACGCCCUGUGGUCCUCGUGGCGCCCGGCGGUGGGCGUGGUGGACGGCUACCUGGUCCGGCUGCUGGACGUGACUCGAAUCGUCCACUCGCUGGCCGUGUCUCGCUCCUCAACGCCCGAGUGCUCCUUCAGCUCGCUGGUCGCCGGGCGACUUUACUCCGUGGUCAUAGUGACGAGGAGCGGCGGCCUGGAGAACGCCAUUACGGUUCAAGCACGGACACAGCCGGCCACAGUUCAAAACCCAACAGCUGUUCACUCUGCAAGAGACGACUUCCUCAAAGUGUACUGGCGUCAUGCAGCAGGAGAUCUGGACCGCUAUGUGGUUCUGAUCCGUUACAACAACAGCGUCCUUCAAAAUAAGAGCGUCUCGGCCGGACACAACGAGUGCGUCUUCUCGUCCCUGUCGCCGGGCAGACUCUACACUGUCACCGUGGAAACCUGGAGCGGCGAGUACGUCGGCAGCAUCUCGACCGACGGACGAACAUUUCCAGCAGCUGUUGGAAAUCUGUCGCUCAGCAACGCGGGAACAGGUGAUCUGUCCGUCACCUGGAGCCCCGCCCCCGGAGACGUUGACCACUAUGAGGUGACUCUGCUCUUCAACGACACUCGUGUUUUCCCUCCCGUGGCGUUGGGCAGCGAGGUGCGACAUCACCGGCUGACCUCUCUGACCCCGGGGCGUCUCUAUAAGAUCGUGGUGUCGACGUUCAGCGGGCCGAACCAGAGGGCUCAGUUCAUCGAGGGUCGGACAGUUCCCAGUGCAGUCGGGAACCUCCACCUGGUUCCUCAGUCCGUCGGAGGGCUGCUGGUCUCCUGGACUCCUGGAGACGGAGACCUGGACAUGUACAUCGUCUCCUUGUCCACCACAGUGAGUUUAAAACAUAUUAUAAUACAGAGUUACUUCAGAUUCAAAUCAGACGGUUUAAUAAGUGUAACAGACUUAAAAGUACGUAUACCACACUGUGAAAAACACUCCACAAGUAAAAGUCCUGGUUCCAAAUCUUACUUAAGUUCUUCAAUCUCAUUUAAACGCUCAUUAACAUGUUUAGCUCUUUUAGGUUUUUUAUUUUGAAAUUUUUCAUUGUGUCCUCUUUCUACCUGAUGGGACUUUCACAAUAAAAGCACAAAAUGUAGCUAAAGUAAAAGUACUGAUUGAUCAGUAAAAUGUUUCUGCUGCACUAAUGUGUAUGUUGCAUGAUUUUAACUAGUUUAAUCUACAUUAUUGCAUCAUGUUCUAUGAGAUCGUCACAUGUUCCUGUGAGAACCUCGUAUCUCUACAAAGAUCAAACAGUUCUCAGCUUUGUGACGAUUCCUUUUCAAAAAAAACUGACCUAUUUUUUAGGCCUCUGCUCGAAAAUUGCA